GAUUGUCCUCAUUGCAUCCCUGUGAUUCUUGCCACAUCCAUAAAACCAAAAGAUCUGUUGCCUUUUCCUCUGGAUCCUGCAUCACUGACAUUCAGCUGUGACAUUGUGAAGCCAGAAUUCAUUUUUGCCAUGAAAUUAUUUGCUGUUUUAGCUGCACUCCUCUUCUUGGGGCUGCUGGUUGACGCAGUUCCUCAAGACAAAUUUAUAUCAGAAGAAGACUGUAUCUAUUGGGGAGCAAAAUGCACGAGACUUCCAUGUAGCACAGAUAUGGUUUUCCAUGGACUGUGUGCGCCAGAUGUCAAUUGCUGCAAACCAGAUCCUAUGCCACGUUGUAAAGCCAGGAGAGGCACAUGCAUUGAAGGGGGUUGUGGGAGAGAUGGUACCUUCCUUUUCAAGUGUUCCAGGGACUGGGUAUGCUGCAGAUCACCAAAGUCUAUCAGUGGAAGGCGUUGAGAUUCUGACUAUCAAAGAUCUGGGACCUCAGAAAUCCAUCGCUGAAUAAUUUAUGUGACUACAGAUAUCC